UUCCUCUGGCUGCUGAAAAAACUGGAGUCCACCACCAGCAGUGUGAGUGUGGGUGUGUAUGUGUGUGUGUGUGCCAUACGAUCAACAAAUUACGUGGAAAACUGUUCAUUUCUCAAUUUAAAAUGCAUCCAGUGAGAGUGUCGAUCCCUUCGUUUCGUUCCGAAAACAACUCGAUCGAGAAAGGAUACACGGUCUUCAGAAUUGACGUGCUGAUGAACGGCAGACAACAUGCUGUCGAGAAACGCUACAGUGAAUUCCACACGUUGCAUAAAAUGCUAAAGAAGAGCAUAAAGCCGCCUGAGAUGCCCUCCAAACAUGUCAGAAACUGGGUUCCUAAAGUCCUGGAGCAGCGGAGGCUCGGUCUGGAGCUCUACCUGCAGUCUAUAAUUAUGGAAAAUGGAGUCCUUCCAAAGGUAUUCCUGGAUUUCCUGAAUAUCCGACAUUUUCCUUCAGUGCCAAAAACAGAAAGCUGUGGGUCAUUUGAUACAGAAUCAGAGGAAUCAAGUAAACUUUCACAUCAGCCAGUCCUGCUGUUUCUGAGAGACCCCUACCUGCUGCCGUCUGCUCACGAUGCAUUUUCGAAUGUGGUGAUUGAAGGUGUGGUGCAUGGAGUUUUCUACCCAGAUCUUCAACCCAGGUAGAGCUGCAGAGCUGAUCUGAGAACAGCAGGAGCUCAUCAGGAGGGACGUUACAUGUUAACAUAAACUGAGCCGCAUUUUCAAAACAUAAACUAAAAAUCCAUGCAUUUCUUUUCUUUUAUAGAUAAAACACUAACACCAGUCACCAUGAAAUAAAGAAAAGCAAUACUGACCAAUACUUGAAUGGAUUUGGAAUCCUGAGAAAAUAAUACAAGCAAACACUUUUAGUCAGAUAUAAUUGUAACUAUAAGUCAAACUAAUUAAAAGGGGAAUUAGGCAUCCGAUUAUAGCAUAAAAUGUACCUCAUAUUUGAAUUAUUUCUAUUAAAGUAUUGAGAAAAAAUAGGAUAAACUAAACAUAGAGAUAAGAGGCGGAUCAAAGAGUGUUUUCAGCACAUAAAUAGAAGUUGAAACUCUGGGGACGGAGAUGCCAGCUGGACUAAAGGUUAGUUUUCCAGACAGAGAGGAGGCUGUGAGCACAAACACAGGCUGGAGUGUGGAGCUGGAUCACGGCCUGCCAGCAGAGAGGUGCCACUCCCUUCAGAGAACCAUGGCUGUGGUUUCUGACUUCGUUCUGAGCCGCCAAAUGAGUGAGAGCAGGGCAGCAGCCUGAGUGUGUUUGUGUGGGAGCUGACAGCUAUGUGCCACAUGUUAGGGUGGAAAUACUUGGAGUUGUGAUGUGGACCUCGUUUAUUAAACAUCAGAACUGUAGUGUUGACGGUGGUAAUUAGUUAGCACUUCACUCCUAUGCAUUGUCAGAAUAAUGAUAAAUAAUCAAAGCAGCAGAACCAGAGAAAUAUCUUCUUUAUUUCACGAUUUCUUCUUCCCUUCCUGGCACCUACAUUACCCACAAUGCAAAGCAACCAUUGGCUCUUUGGUCGUAGAUUCAGGUAGCUUCAGCUUAUGUUUCCUCUAGAUAAUCAGAGAUCUGUGAGCUCUGACAAUCUGAUUUUUCAGAUUGGCCACAGCUCUCUGGAGCAACUAAACGCCAUAAACAACGUUUUUCACUUCUGCAGUAUUACUCCUCUAGACCUGUGAACAGACCUCGGUGUGUUCAAUUGGUGGAGCUCCCCCCCCCUAGGAGAAGAUAAGGAGAGACUUAAGGGUGGUUCUUCAUUUAAAAUGUGUGCAUCCUUCUGCGCUAAUAUGUUUUAGAAAAUAAAAACAUUUGACCUGAGCCUCUUUGAACAAAUAACAGGGUGUAAGCAGUUUGUUGAUGUCCUACAGCACAUGCCAAACCUAAAUACAACAUUUACAUUUGUUCCAGUGUGUGCAAAUAAUGUAAACAAAACUAUUUUCAAUAUAAAUGCUUCUUGUAGAGCCUGUUUCUCAUUAGCUGUAUUGUUCCCAAACAUAAACUAGUUGCAGACACAUUUGCAAAAGGCCAGUAUGUGACACUAAAACAGUCAUGUUCAGUUUAAUGUUGAACUUACACUAUAUAUAAAUAUAUAUAUAUAUGGCCAGUUUAACACUUUUGGUGAUUAGAGUCACCCAUCAUGCAAAGGGAAAGCAUUUUUAAAAUGAGGUGGUGAUUUAAAGGACUUAAACCAGUAAAACACUGUGCAAUAUUAAAAUAAAUACAGAUUGUCUUGAUAUACUUUCUUGUGAUGUACAAACCAUCUGGACACUUGAAACGACUCGUAGCUUUUGUGAAACAAUAUGUUGCACGUCGCUUUCUGUGCAGUUAUCGAUGACACUUUGUGAUGUGACUGGACCUCCACUACAGCACAGUAAUGACUACAUAUUUAUACUGAAUGGAAUGAGCAUUAACCUCAACUAAACAGAACAUGAUUUUAUGUUUUAACAAAUAAUUUCCUAGAGAUCCAUCCUGUGGAUUUAUAUAUGUAUUUAUAUUGUGUAACAUUGUAUUAUUUGUGCUCUGUGAAAAGUGUCAUGCCAUGUCAACCUACAGUGAACACUGGAAUUACUGUAGCACUUUAAGAUGCUCGACAUGUAAAAUACUGACACCAAUAAAAAAUAAUUAUUUCCACAAAA